UCCUUUACCUUUUUGACAGGCAGAGACAAAAGCUGGUCUUUCUCGCGACCCGCACAAAUCUGCUUUUUUCGGUAGCAUCUCUUGAUAAAACUGCGUGACAAUGGUUGUUAAGAAGCCCAGGCCAAAGAAGAAGCCAGUGACCAAGAAGGUGGCCCCCGCUCCCCUGGCGGUGAAGAAGCCAGUGGUCAAGAAGGUUGUCAACCAGCUCUUCGAGAAGCGUCCCAAGAACUUUGGCAUCGGCCAGAAUGUGCAGCCCAAGCGCGAUCUGUCCCGCUUCGUCCGCUGGCCCAAAUACAUCCGUGUCCAGCGCCAGAAGGCCGUGCUCCAGAAGCGUCUGAAGGUGCCACCACCAAUCCACCAGUUCAGCCAGACUCUGGACAAGACCACCGCCGUCAAGCUGUUCAAGCUGCUGGAGAAAUACCGCCCGGAGUCGCCGCUGGCCAAGAAGCAGCGCCUGAAGAAGGUGGCUGAGGCCAAGGCCAAGGGCAAGGAUGUUGAGCCCAAGAAGAAGCCCAGUUAUGUGUCGGCCGGCACCAAUACUGUGACGAAGCUCAUUGAGCAGAAGAAGGCCCAGCUGGUUGUCAUUGCCCACGAUGUCGAUCCCCUUGAGCUGGUUCUGUUCCUGCCCGCCCUGUGCCGCAAAAUGGGCGUGCCCUACUGCAUUGUGAAGGGCAAGGCCCGUCUGGGUCGCCUGGUCCGCCGCAAGACCUGCACCACCCUGGCCCUGACCACCGUCGACAACAACGACAAGGCCAACUUCGGCAAGGUUUUGGAGGCUGUCAAGACCAACUUCAACGAGCGUCACGAGGAGAUCCGUCGCCACUGGGGCGGUGGCAUCCUUGGCUCCAAGAGUCUGGCUCGCAUCGCCAAGCUGGAGCGCGCCAAGGCCCGCGAGCUGGCCCAGAAGCAGGGUUAAGCUUAGCCGGAGGCUCGAGGAAGGUGGAGAGACUUGAAGUACACAUUGGAUGGAAAUGAUUUGAGCGCCUGUCGUUCUCUGAUUUUGAAAACAACAAAUAAACAUUUAAGUGUACAA